AUGGCUCUGAGUCCAAGGGCUAGCCUGGUCCUCUGUGAAGACCCAAAGAAUGCACCCAGUCUCAAGUCCACUGGGGCCCCAGGUUUAGGCUCUGGCACCAUCUCUGGGCCAACCCCAGACACAGACCUGGUUCCUAUCUUGAAUCUACCCCUGACUCCUGGAGUGGCUCUUGUUCCAGCCCUUAAUCACAUUCUGAGCCCUGUCUCCAAGGAGGCCCCUGGCCUGGUGUCUGAUAACAUCCCCAGACCUGAUGACAGCAGGGCCACGGCUCCACCCUCCCUCCAGAUCACCACUUCCCACUCCGGUGAAGCCCUGGGCGUGGAGUUGAACCACAUCUCAAGGCCUAACUCACAGGGAGCCCUACGUCCAGCCUCACACCUCACUCUGAGCCCUGGCUCUACCGAGGCCCGGGGUCUGAGCUCAGACAACCACUCUGCGCUGAAUUCUGAGGAGGCCUUCAGCUCCUACUCAAGCAAGGUUUUUGAUUUGGGUCAGAAUAACUCCAAUCCUUCCAGGUCUGAAUCCAACCCAUUUAUAAAGUCCUAUUCAAGAGAAGCCCUCAUUCUGGGCCACUGCAUCUCCAGGCCAUGCUCAAAAGCGCUCCUUAUUCCAGCCUCAAAGUCUCUGGAUUCCGACUCCAAUCACCCGCUCACUGUGGGCUCCAGAACCAUCUCCAAGUUGGACUGGAGUGUGGCUCCAGGUUCCCGUGGGACCCUAAUCCCAAACACCAAGGACACCAUCACUUUGGUUUCACAUGACAUCUCUGGGUCUGUUUCAAAAGAAGCCUUUGGUACCCCCUGGAACACAAGUUCCAAGGGAAACAUCGAUGUGGCUUUAAAUAGCAAUGCCAGGUCUGAUGUGAACAUGACCGUCACUCAGGCCUCAUGCUUGACCCUGAUUCCUGGCUUCCAGGAUGAUAUUAGCCUGCACUCUCGCAUCCAUGGACCCAACUCUGCCUUUCCUCCAUCUUCGUGCAUGACCCUGAUAGUGGGCUCCAAGGAGAAUCUGAGCCUGGGCUCUAGCCUCAUCUUUAGCGACGUGUCCACCCUGACACUGAGUAGCCAGCCAGAUAAUUCUGAGGGCAACACCACCCCCACCAUGCCCCUGGAGGAAAAUCAGCAGAGCUGGAGGGAAGUGGCCAGUGCUGAGAUAGGACAGUUCCCGCUGGUGUUCCCCACCUGCAGCAGCACCACAGCCUUCCAAAGUGUCCCUGAGCAAGCCUUCAAUGACGUGGCCUCAUGCCUGGUGAACAUGCCAGGGAAGACUGAGGAUGGCAACCAAAUGGCUCUGGUCAAGGAUGUCAUCACCCUCCAGAAGAGUCAGGAGGUGCUGGAAGGCGAAGGAGAGAAGAAGGCCGUGAUGAAGAAGAUGAUGAGGCAGAUCCAGGAGGAGCCGCUGGAUUCCCUCUGCAGCUCUGUCCGCCAGCAGGCCAUGGAGACCCUGACGCAGCUGAGUCACACCCAGCCCGUCCUGGGUGUUCAGGAAAGGUCCGAGCUGGUGAACAUGUGCGUGAAGAGCGUGUUCUCCCUGCCCUCUGUGCAGGCCAUGCAGGAGAGAGACGAGGCCCAGGCUGAGGCCAUACAGAUACUUUACCGUCAGACCUUGGAUGCCCUGCAGACACUACUCAACGCUCUCUUUGUUGAGGACCCCACUCCUUCUGGGCUGAGUAGCAUUUUGGAGCCCCUGGGGCCCUGGAUGAACUCUGGAAAGGCCCAUGAGCGAGCACGCGCUGUGAAGAGCAAUGUCUCUCUGUUGAACCACACACUUCUCACCCUGCCUUUCUUUAUGUCUUCGGGAUUCCCCUCACUGGGGCUUCUGCUGGGGAGACUCAUACUUCGCAUCGGGGAUCCUGAUGAGGACAUUGGCCGGGAGGCUUUGGAUGGUAUCACCAUCCUCUAUACCAUCUUGGAGCUCCAAAAACGAGCCAGAGAUACAAAAGAGACAGACAAGAAGGAGCUGUAUGAGAGCAACAAGCGUUUCCUGGGGCCCUACAACCCUGUCAGCCCAUGCCAGAACAUUCUGCGUGUGAUCGCGGAAUUUGGAGACUUCUUGGGGCCCCAGCAGGUGAAGGACCUGUUGCUAGCAGCCCUGGAAGGGCUGAAAGGCGGCUUGGAGGCAGAGGCCAGAGGCAAGGACUCAGGGGAGAUGAUGCAGCUGGCGUCGGAGGUGAUGCUCAGCUCGGUGCUGGAGUGGUACCGCCACAGAGCGCUGGAGGUGAUCCCAGAAAUCAUGCAGGCCAUCUAUGCGCAGCUGAGCAACAUCCAGGAGCCACGGGCCCGUGAGGUAGCCCUGCUGCCUGUCUCUAUCCUGGCCAGUUCCUUUAUGACCGAGGUCAUUGUGGCCCUGCUCAUGUGCCCCCUCCCACUGGACAGCAAUGGAGCAGAGAUGUGGAGGCAGCUGUUACUGCGCAAGCCCAGCUGCGAUGUCCGGGACCUCCUGGACCUGCUCCUGACCAGUCUGAAGGAGAAGCCUGUCACCAAGAAGGGCAGGGCCUCCAUCGUGCCCCUAGCGGCAGCCAGCGGCCUGUGUGAGCUCCUGUCGGUCAACAGCUGCCUGGGCCGCGUGAGGCGCAUCUACCCGCAGCUGCUCCUGGCCCUGCUCGUUCAGGUCCAUUACCACAUUGGCCUCAACGUGCCUUCCCGCAAGGACGCCAAGAAGGACGCACAGCGCUCCAUCUUCCUGCCUGUGCGCUGGGUGGUCAAAGUGGUGAAAACCCUGCUGCUGAAGAUGGGCUGCUCAUACGAGGCCACCUUUCUGGAUGAGCAGGGCGGCUGGGAGCUCAUGGGGCAGGCGGAGAACCACCACCGAGGAGUGUCCCUGCUGGCAAGGGCCAUGGUGCGCUACUCCUGCCAGGAGCUGUGCCGCAUCCUCUACCUGCUCAUCCCGCUCCUGGAGCGAGGCGACGAGAAGCACAAGAUCACUGCCACGGCCUUCUUCGUGGAGCUCCUCCAGAUGGAGCAGGUGCGGCGGAUUCCCGAGGAGUACUCUUUGGGGAGAAUGGAGGAAGGCCUGAACCACCACAACCCCAUCAUGAAGGUGCUGUCCAUCCGAGGCCUGGUCAUCCUGGCCCACAAGACUGAGAAGACUGCCAAGGUGCAGGCCCUCCUGCCCUCCAUGGUGAAGGGCCUGAAGAGCGUCGACGGGCUGCUGGUGAUGGAGGCGGGACAGAACCUCAAGACCAUCUUCAAGGGGCAGGACCGGAAACUGAAUGACAGCUCGGUCUAUAUGGAGAUGCUGCAGGUCCUGCUGCCACACUUCAGUGACUCACGAGACGACGUGCGCUCCUUCUGCAUCAACCUGUACGGCAAGGUGGUCCAGAAGCUGCGGUCACCCUGCACCCCUGCCGUGGAGGAGCAGCUGACCAGCACCUUGGUGCCCCUGCUGCUGACCAUGCAAGACAGCAACACCAAGGUGGGCCAGUUCUGUGUGAAGACCCUGUUCCGCUGUUCUUACUUCAUGGCUUGGGAGCUGCCCAAGAGAGCAUACAGCCGGAAGCCCUGGGACGGCCAGCAGCAGACGGUGACCAAAAUUUGCAACUACCUUGUGAACACCCACCAAGACAGCGCCUUCACGUUUCUCAGCCAGGGCCUGGAGUACGCCAAGAAUUCCCGGGCCUCCCUCCGGAAGUCCUCAGUCAUGUUCAUAGGGUCCCUGGUCCCCUUCAUGGAUAACAUAAUGACGGAAGAUCGUCUGACUGAAGUGAAAACUGUUCUGGAAAACUUGAGACACGACCCCGACGCAUCAGUGUGCAUCUGUGCGGCCCAGGCCCAGGAAAACAUCCUGGCCAGCUGCUGGCGGAACUCCUGGCCAUAUGGGGACACGUGGGUGUGUGACCCAGCCACCACCCACCGCUGGAGCUCUAGCUGUGAGAACCUGCCCUCUUCCCACCAGCGGCGGUCCUGGAUCAUGCAGGCACUGGGCUCCUGGAAGAUGUCCUUGAAGCAGUGA